UAUUCCGUCCUGAACAUUAUCCAAGGGGAAGCUGACCCAACAGAUGUGCAUAAAUCCUUGCUAAGAAUUCGUGAGCGUCGAUUGGCUCAAUUCAUUCCUUGGGGUCCCGCUAGUAUUCAGGUGGCCCUGACAAAAAAAUCGCCCUAUGUUCAGACGUCACAUCGUGUAAGCGGAUUAAUGUUGGCAAAUCAUACUAGCAUUGCUUCACGUACAUGUGAUCAUUAUGAUCGAUUCAGAAAACGCGGUGCUUUUCUAGAACAAUAUAGAAAAGAAGAUAUGUUUGCUGAUAACUUGGAUGAAUUUGAUGUUGCCAGAGAAGUUGUACAAGAUUUGAUAAAUGAAUAUGAAGCAUGUGAAAGCCCGGAUUAUAUAAAUUAUGUGAGUUGCUUUGCUCGCGAACAUAUUGU